AUGAUUUAUUUAUUUGGUGGUUAUCGAAAAAAUCCUAUUGGAGAUACUAUAUACGGAUACUCACUAGAGAAACAAGCAUGGAGUUCAAUAACACUAAAAGAUAAUGGUGGAAUUAUGAUGCCAAUUGAAUCUAGUACCAAAAUUGUCGGUAUUACAGAUAGCAGCUUAGAUACCAUUUAUAUAUAUGACAAUGGAACCAUUGAAAUUGCUUACAUUGUUGGUUCUGAUUGUACAACAAACCUUCCUAUGGAUCAUAUCCUCUUAUAUAACGCAAAAUUAUCGUUAUGGUAUAUAAAGGGUCAUAUAGCAUCUAUCGAGCUAUAUUAUACUGACAUUUUGUUUGAUGGAAAUUGUACUGAAUAUUGUAUUCAUAAUAAUAGCACCCGAUGGUAUGGCGGUUUUUAUGUUGAUGAAGAUGCGCUCAAUUCCUCAGGAAGUACUCACACGUUCGCUGAUGAUGAAUUUGUAUGGUUCUCUCCUGAGCCAUUUAAUCGGUAUGGAUCGCUUUUGAUAUAG